CGCCGUUUUGACAAUCAAAACUCUCGAACUCCUAACAGUAGGGUUUAAGCUCUCUUCACUCUCACAACACUCAUCUGAACCAAAAAUGGCUUCGUUAUGUAGAUCAGCCAUAGCAACAGCUUCCAAAUCCGUCGCUGCUCGAUCCAAAAGUACAACCCAGAAGGCGCUGAACCCAAAAUCCAUUUUCUCCGCUUUCUCUUCACCAACCAGCUCCCUCCCUCGUGCCUCAAGGGUUGUUUCGGUAUUGGGAAGUGUUGACUCACUGAUGCCCCUUCACAGUGCCAUUGCUUCUGCUCGGCUCAAGUCAAGCAUUGCUGUUGAUUCAACCUGCUGGAGCUGGCUUUCUCAAGGACUUGCAGUGCCAUUGUGACACGGCUUGCUGGAUAUAUUAUGGAACUAUAAAUGAAUAGGAUUUAUUAUCAGCUUCUGUUUGUGAAAGAAAAACAAAUGCCUGUAAUCUUCUUUUUAUAAUCAUUGUAUCCGGCAGAGUAUGCAAACUUGUGUAACCGAGUUAAUAAGUUCUGUUACUUUUUUUUGUAAUUUUUAAAAUAUUUUUGCGGGGAUUAAGUUGUAUUGAAUUGUUUUUAUUUAUUUGGUAAUCAUCUUAGUGAUUGUUGAAGUCUUGG